CACAUCCUUCCUUUUCGGAAUGUACUGCUUGUGGGCGUGGUUCCAGUUGCUAAGCGACUCAAGCUUUGCGACAACCCGUUCUCCUUCCGUUCCUUCUCAUUGGCUACGUGCACGUUGUCUCGCGGAGAGUAACUGUGUAGUGUCGAAACAUGGAUACCGGAAAUAGCAGGAAGAGGCAGCGUGAGGCGGACUCGGAGACGUCGGACCUAUCUGGCGAGGAAGAGGAGACAAAAGUGGUGGCAGUGGAGGAGGAUGACGACGAAGAGUAUGUGCCCUACGUGCCAGUUAAGCAACGCAAGCAGCAGAUGCUGCAAAAGCGACUGCAGAUGCGCCGCAAGGGGGUGUUGGAGGAGGAACAAAAGGACAGUGGCAGUGAAUAUCACGGAGAUGAAGAUGACAUCCCUCUGGGUCCACAAUCCAAUGUUAGCCUCCUGGACCAGCACCAGCAUCUCAAGGAGAAGGCAGAAGCACGUAAAGAGUCGGCUAAGGAGAAGCAGCUGAAGGAAGAAGAGAAGAUCUUGGAGAGUGUGGCGGAAGGGCGAGCACUGAUGUCUGUGAAGGAAAUGGCAAAAGGCAUCACAUAUGAUGAUCCAAUUAAAACCAGCUGGAAGGCCCCCCGGUACAUUCUGGCUAUGUCAGAAGCACGACACGAUCGUGUGCGCAAGAAAUACCACAUCCUGGUAGAGGGAGAAGGCAUCCCACCCCCGCUCAAGAACUUUAAAGAGAUGAAAUUCCCACCAGCAAUCCUGCGAGGUCUCAAGAAGAAGGGGAUCCAGCAGCCAACUCCUAUCCAGAUCCAGGGUAUUCCCACUAUCCUUUCCGGCAGAGACAUGAUUGGCAUCGCAUUCACUGGCUCUGGCAAGACUCUAGUGUUUACCCUCCCUGUUAUCAUGUUCUGUCUGGAGCAAGAGAAGAGGCUGCCAUUCUCCAAGAGAGAAGGGCCUUAUGGGCUUAUCAUCUGCCCCUCAAGGGAAUUGGCUCGCCAGACUCAUGGUAUCCUAGAAUACUACUGUCGCCUGCUGCAUGAAGAUGGAAUGCCUGCCCUGCGCUGUGCCCUGUGCAUUGGGGGCAUGUCUGUCAAGGAGCAGAUGGAGACCAUCAAACAUGGUGUUCACAUGAUGGUGGCAACGCCAGGUCGCCUAAUGGAUCUUUUGCAAAAGAAAAUGGUCAGCCUGGAUGUCUGUCGUUAUCUGGCAUUGGACGAAGCUGACCGAAUGAUUGAUAUGGGCUUUGAAGGAGAUAUUCGUACCAUUUUUUCCUACUUCAAGGGUCAGAGACAGACUCUCCUCUUCAGUGCCACCAUGCCCAAAAAGAUCCAGAAUUUUGCCAAGAGUGCUCUUGUGAAGCCUAUAACAAUCAAUGUGGGGCGUGCAGGAGCUGCCAGCUUGGAUGUCAUACAGGAAGUAGAGUAUGUGAAGGAGGAAGCCAAGAUGGUGUACCUGCUUGAGUGUCUGCAAAAGACCCCACCACCUGUUCUUAUCUUUGCUGAGAAGAAGGCUGAUGUAGAUGCAAUACAUGAAUACUUACUACUCAAAGGCGUAGAGGCUGUGGCCAUACAUGGUGGCAAAGACCAAGAGGAAAGGACUAAGGCCAUUGAGGCCUUCCGAGAUGGCAAGAAGGAUGUUCUGGUUGCCACAGAUGUUGCCUCUAAAGGCUUGGAUUUUCCAGCCAUUCAGCAUGUCAUCAACUACGACAUGCCUGAGGAGAUUGAAAAUUAUGUUCAUCGAAUUGGGCGUACAGGCCGCUCAGGGAAUACUGGCAUUGCCACUACCUUCAUCAACAAAGCCUGUGAUGAGUCAGUGCUCAUGGACCUGAAGGCACUGCUGUUGGAGGCCAAGCAAAAGGUGCCACCUGUGCUGCAGGUGCUGCACUGUGGAGAUGAAUCCAUGUUAGAUAUUGGAGGAGAGCGGGGCUGUGCCUUCUGUGGGGGCUUGGGUCAUCGUAUCACAGACUGCCCCAAGCUGGAAGCCAUGCAGACGAAGCAAGUCAGCAAUAUUGGACGCAAGGACUACCUAGCACACAGCUCUAUGGACUUCUGAGUGCUUUCUGCCCUUUGGCCAGGCACAGCCAAACAGAAGGACUUUAUUGUUCUUGGAAGAGCAGAAGUCAUGUCUAGUAUAGCUUGAGAGGCUGUUGCUAGCUGGAGUGGAAAAGAGCAUCACAUGGGACCCCCUUUCUUUCGUAAGCAGUUGCUGAUUCUUGAGAUGAAGUGCAGGGUGUGAUCACAGUCCUGUGCCUCAAAGCCCAUAGACCAGAAAUUGCACAAAAGGCUGCCGUUUUCUUCUUUUUGCUUUGGUCGCACCUGUUGGUAGGUGUAUAAAAACAGAUGUUCUCUGUUCACUUUGAACAGUUGUGUCUUCCUAAAGUUUUCAGCAUAUUAAACCAGGAAAUGGCAGGACAAUGCUGCAAUAGCCUGUUGCAUUAGUGACUGUUGUCAAAUAGGCAUUGUGCAAGCAUUGUGCUCCUAAGCAAGGGACCGUGAAAUGGAAGCAGGGAGCCGGGUAGAUUUCUGCUGUAUUAUCUGAUUCUAAUAAUAGUUUAAUAAGUUUAUGUACACCCUUUCAACUGAGAAAUUCAGCCCUUCUCUGCAUGGAACCACCUGGCUGUUGUCAGCCACAGUUACUGUGCGUGCCAAGGUCCCCUUUUUGUUGCGCCUCAUGCUAAAAAAGGAGGAGGAAUAUGCUCAGUAAGUCAAAAGUGUCCCUGGAGAGACUGUCUCCUGGGACUGCUCAGCCUACUGCGACUCCCUUUUUUGCAUGAAGGCCCAAAAAGAGGAAGUUACUAGGCAGAGAGAGGAAGUCACCAGCGCUAUCAUAUAUACUGACUCAUCUCUGUGGCGGCCACAACAACUUGCUGUCUGCAGCAGCCUCUGCUUCACUGGGCUAUUGCCUGUUGAGAGCCUGACCCAUGGAGUGCCCUGUGAAGGAUGGAAUCCUGUAUAUCCAACAUCUCAAAUUUGGGAAGGUAAAUAGGGGUUGUGGAGAAAGGGAAAGAGCGCAAAUAAUAAAUCCAGUAGCUUUUGUGAUACUCUUAAUAUUCUGGGGAGUAGUAUCAUAACAGUAUCUUAAUUCUAGCCAUAGUUAGAGUUUUUAACUGGAAUCCACAGUAACAGUUGUGACUCUGCAUCUUUUUUCCACCCCCCCACCCCGAUUUUCUGGUUGCAACCAAAUGUUAUGUAAUCCUUUGAGUGUAAAUAAAUUAAUGAACACAUUAAAA